UUUGUGGAAAAUAGUGCUGGAAGUUUGGAAAUUUCUCAAAGAUUUCUCAUGAAAAUUUAGCCGUAAGUUUUGCAAUUCUUCCCUAUUUUCACUGAAGUUGUGUCGGUAUUUGGGGUGCACUAUGACAUCGUACACUGAAGAUUAUCUAAAGCAAAAAUUAAUCGAGAAAUUAGAAGCAACUCACGUGGAAGUUGUGGAUGAAUCAGACGGAUGUGGAGGAAAAUUCAGUGUAAUUGUCGUAUCUGCACUGUUUGAGGGCAAACCACAUCUUCAGAGACAUCGUCUGGUCAACAGUGCACUCGCUGAGGAGCUCAAGACAAUUCAUGCUUUCUCUCAGAAGACUUAUACCCCUGCCCAGUGGACUGAAGUCAGCAAGUAGUGUGUGAAUAAAGACCGUGUUUCCCAAA